GCGGCAGCUGGGCGAGUGACAGCCCCAGCUCCGCGCGCCGCGGCCGCCAGAGCCGGCGCAGGGAAGCGCCCGCGGCCCCGGCCGGCAGCAGCGGCCGCCUCCUCCCGCGCCUCCCGGGCCCGCAGCCCGCGGUCCCACGGCCCCGGGGCCGGCACCUCUCGGGCUCCCGCUCCCCGCGCGCAAGAUGGCUGACCCGGCUGCGGGGCCGGCGCCGAGCGAGGGCGAGGAGAGCACGGUGCGCUUCGCCCGCAAAGGCGCCCUCCGGCAGAAGAACGUGCACGAGGUGAAGAACCACAAAUUCACCGCCCGCUUCUUCAAGCAGCCCACCUUCUGCAGCCACUGCACCGACUUCAUCUGGGGCUUCGGGAAGCAAGGAUUCCAGUGCCAAGUCUGCUGUUUUGUCGUGCACAAGCGGUGCCAUGAAUUUGUCACUUUCUCCUGCCCAGGCGCGGACAAGGGCCCAGCCUCUGAUGAUCCCCGGAGCAAACACAAGUUUAAGAUCCACACGUACUCCAGCCCCACAUUUUGUGACCACUGUGGGUCACUGCUGUAUGGACUCAUCCACCAGGGGAUGAAAUGUGACACCUGCAUGAUGAACGUCCACAAGCGCUGCGUGAUGAACGUCCCCAGCCUCUGCGGCACGGACCACACGGAGCGCCGCGGCCGCAUCUACAUCCAGGCCCACAUCGAGAGGGAAGUCCUCAUCGUUGUCGUAAGAGAUGCUAAAAACCUUGUACCUAUGGAUCCCAAUGGCUUGUCAGAUCCUUACGUGAAACUGAAACUGAUUCCUGACCCCAAAAGUGAGAGCAAGCAGAAGACCAAAACCAUCAAGUGCUCCCUCAACCCUGAGUGGAAUGAGACGUUUAGAUUCCAGCUGAAAGAAUCGGACAAAGACAGGAGACUGUCUGUAGAGAUUUGGGAUUGGGAUCUGACCAGCAGGAAUGACUUCAUGGGAUCUUUGUCGUUUGGGAUUUCUGAAUUGCAGAAAGCUGGUGUUGAUGGCUGGUUUAAGUUACUGAGCCAGGAGGAAGGCGAGUACUUCAACGUGCCUGUGCCGCCGGAAGGAGGCGAGGGCAGUGAAGAGCUGCGGCAGAAGUUCGAGAGGGCCAAGAUCAGUCAGGGGACUAAGACUCCAGAAGAAAAGACGACCAACACCAUAUCCAAAUUUGACAACAAUGGGAACAGGGACCGGAUGAAGCUGACCGAUUUUAACUUCCUGAUGGUGCUGGGGAAAGGCAGCUUUGGCAAGGUCAUGCUCUCAGAGCGAAAGGGCACAGAUGAGCUCUAUGCUGUGAAGAUCCUCAAGAAGGAUGUGGUGAUCCAAGAUGACGAUGUGGAAUGCACGAUGGUGGAGAAGCGGGUGCUGGCCCUGCCCGGGAAGCCGCCGUUCCUGACCCAGCUGCACUCCUGCUUUCAGACCAUGGACCGCCUGUACUUUGUGAUGGAGUAUGUCAACGGGGGUGACCUCAUGUACCACAUCCAACAAGUUGGCCGGUUUAAGGAGCCUCAUGCUGUAUUUUACGCUGCAGAAAUUGCCAUCGGUCUGUUCUUCUUACAGAGCAAGGGCAUCAUUUACCGUGACCUAAAACUUGAUAACGUGAUGCUAGAUUCGGAGGGCCACAUCAAGAUCGCUGAUUUUGGCAUGUGUAAGGAAAACAUCUGGGACGGAGUGACGACCAAGACAUUCUGUGGCACUCCAGACUAUAUCGCCCCUGAGAUAAUUGCUUAUCAGCCCUAUGGGAAGUCCGUGGAUUGGUGGGCAUUCGGAGUCUUGCUGUAUGAAAUGUUGGCUGGGCAGGCUCCCUUUGAAGGGGAGGAUGAGGAUGAACUCUUCCAGUCCAUCAUGGAACACAAUGUGGCUUAUCCGAAGUCCAUGUCCAAGGAGGCUGUGGCCAUCUGCAAAGGGCUGAUGACCAAACACCCAGGCAAGCGUCUGGGUUGUGGACCUGAAGGCGAACGUGACAUCAAAGAGCAUGCAUUCUUCCGGUAUAUUGACUGGGAGAAACUUGAACGCAAAGAGAUUCAGCCCCCGUAUAAGCCAAAAGCCGCCAGAGCAUGCUGAAUAUUGUUUGACUGUGCUUGGGAGAAAAACCCUGGUCCGCAGACGACUUCUACAAAUGAUCAAAUGUGUGUGCAGCUCCGUGCUUAGCGGCUUCUUCUCACUGAGUGGGGCCCUCCUGCCUUCUCCUGCUGCGGAGAACUGUAAGGCAUAAAAAGGACCCUGAAUUUCAUUGAAUUUGCACAUUUUUUUUAAAAAGAUACUCCUUCGUCUUUGUACCCAGGCUAUAUGGCUUGGGUCCCUUUUCAUUGCAACCUUCUAGUUUCAGUUCCUGAGGAUGUCCUGGAGUCUGAUGGAGGCGCGGCAGGGAGCUGCACUGUGCCAUUAGCCUCACCUUAUCAAACCCGGUUGAGCAGUGAACAGCAUCACAUGGGUCUUCAUCCUCUUCUCCAGCAUCUCAGCCUGUCCCUGCCCACUUUUCACCUCCAUCUCUUUCCUGGGCUCUUUCCUACCCUCCUUCAUGGAAGCAAUGCCCUUCCUUCUGGUCCCACUCAGCUUAGAUGUCACCUCGUCCAGAGAGUCUCCCUGGCCCUUCUUGGGUUCCUCGCCUCUGUCACAUGGGACCAUGCAGUGGCCUGUGUAUGCAACUGUCUCCUCUGCUAGACUGUAAGUUCCAUGACGACAAGGACAGGGACCCUCUGUGUGUCAUUGCAUUUCCCGGACCCAGCACACUGCUGGGCAGAAAAUGCCCAGGACCUAAAUAUUAGGCUUCCUCACCAUCCCUGCGCACCAAAAUACACACUGAAGCUGUACACUAGGGAAGCCACCUGGGAGAGCUUAGAGUUCUUCACUAAGAUGAAGCAGGUUCCACAGCAAUAGGCGGACCUCAACAAUCUGGCGAAAUCCUCCCAUUCUCUUUAUUUCUAUUUUCUCCCUUUCUCCCGCAGAAAUAGCUCCCUCACUUAAAAUAGCUUCUUUUCUUAUUACAAAAAAAUAUAUCUGAUUGUUAUUUAAGUUUUGGAAAAGACAAUCAAGCAUAGAGGAUAAAGGAGAAAAUUAAACAAUCCGUAACUCUCUCAAUCUCUAUAGGCAUAUAUAUAAUAUACAUACAGAUACUGCAUGUAUAUUUAUGUAUAUAAUUUGUAGAAUGGAAACAUAUUGUACACACUGUUAGUAAUUGUAUAUAACUCUGUCAUUUAAUAUUCUUCUAUAGCUUCUUUUAAUUUUUAGAACUGUUUUGCAUGGUAAUACUUCAAAUAGAUGUAUCAUUAUUUAUUUAACUGUUUUCCCUAUUGGUUGAUAGUUGAUUUCAAUGUUUUUUAAACCCUCUAACAAUUCUUUGAUGAGUGUCCUGUAAACCCAGGAGUAUAGAGGAGGGGUCCAGGAAAAGCCUCCUGGAGGAAGUGACAUCUGUCUGGAGAAGAAGAUGCAUGGGAGGUUCCCAGGGGAGGGGGAAAGGGCAGGAGGCCAGCGUUGCUGGGGGAAGAGGUGGGCUGUGCAUUGCCUUGGACGUGAAGGAAUGCGUGAGUGUUCUAGGAACUGGAAGUAGUUCAGUACAGCUGGAGGGUGUGUUGGGGGUGGGAGGAGUUGGGCUAAGGGAAUGGACAGCAAGGGGGCCUAUUGACCAGGUCACCAGGGCCAAGUCCUAAAUGGCCCCGUAAGCCAUGCUAAGCAGUGUGGGCUUUGAGCAAUGGGGAGCCAUUGCUGAUUAGAGCAAGGAAGUGACAUAUCCAGGUUGGCGUCUUUGAAAGAUCCCUGUGGCUGCUGUGUCUGAGCCAACUCCACAUUCCACAGCUAGACUCGGAGCUGUUAACACAGUGAAACAGACGUCAGAGAGAAGAGAAAAAGAAGAAAAAAAAGAGCUCACAUGUAACAGCUCACAGAUAAGCUUUUCAAACUGUCUAGGUUCUUAGAUUCAGGGCACGAUUGAACAAGUCACAGUCCUUACUCCCCUCUCCAGCCCUGGAAGAGGUGCCAUCUGAUGUAAGUAACCCAGUUGCUUUUGGCCCCCAUCCCUGUUCCAGGAGCCCCAGUGGUGUAUCCGGAUGACAAGGGGGUUGGGUUUUCUUUUAGUAGCUGAAUGAGGCUGAAGUAUCCACCCAAGGCAGCCAGAGAAGCAGGUGUGGUCCACGCUGCGUUUGUAAUUAAAUGCCAGCCGCCCAGCUGCCCAUUCUCCAAGGACGCCGCAGGCGCAGAGCUGAUGCGGGCUGUGCCUCCCAAGGGCUGACGUCUCCAUUUAGGGAGCGCUCCUGAAGCUAAUGGGCAGUGACAGCUCCAUUUGAAAAACACGGAAACGCUUAGGGAGGCUGUGAUCUGCCAGCCCCAUAAGCUGCUUAUUAGCAGGGAAAUCACGCUCCCGCUGUAUCGCGCCCCCUUGGUUAACCCCUGUUCUUGCGUCUCUCUGCUAUCUCACUUAAAAAUUUCAUUGUUCUCGAGGCAGUGGGGGAGUGUUGGGAGAGGAGGCUGCAGAGCUGCUAGAAGCUGUUCGUUCCUCUGUCUCCCGUCACAGCCUCUGGGGAGGCCUCGGCAAAGCAGCAGCCUUCUGGCGUGGAUGGGAAAUUGAUGGCUUUUAGAGAAAAACGGCCCCUGAAGACUCUAUGCUAACAUCCUUCCUAUGAUGGCUGGUUAGGGUCCCAACGCACCCAGGCCAAAGAGAAACGCCUGCAGGUCUGCCUUAUAACGUGCCAUCUCACUCCAACCAUCCCCACCACAGGCGCCUCUUUGUAUUUUCCAUCUCCAUCCCCUCUGCUCCACCCUCUCUUCCAUGGCCCUAUCCACCAUCUCUCUCCUCUGCGUCAUCUUCUACCCUCCCGAGUGCCUCUGCCAUCAGUCUAGCUCCUGCUGCCCUUAGUGCCCACACCGCUGUGAGGGGACUCCCAUUCGAUCCUUGACAUGUUCACUGGCCUCUCGAACUUACCAUAAAUGAAACUAAGUGCUCUGUUUCCCCCUAAAUAUGCUCUACCCCUCGCAUCCUCCACCCAACCAGUUUGCUCAAGCCAAAAAAAUCUUGGGGUCACUGAUGGGUCCUUUCUUCCUCUCCUACCCCACAUCGGAUCCAUCAGCAGAUCUUGGGACACCGCCUCAGCAUGGCCUAAUGAGCAGUGCCAUGUCCAGACCUGGGAUCCGAACCAGCAAAACCCUGGGCUGCCAAAGUGGAGCGUGCAAACUUAACCACUUGGCCACGGGGCCAGCCCCAAUUUUGUAUAAUUUUCUGCUGGCACAGGGUAAUUUACUAGUAGCACAUAGUAGAUACUCAAUAAAUAUUCAUUGAAUGAGAAAAUGAAUAAACAAUGAAAGAAUCUGGGCAGUAGUCCUGACCACACUGUGUUGACCCUAAGGUACCAUCCUUUCAGGGCGUUUUCCCCACUGGCCAGCAGAACAGAAGCCAAGAUAUCAGAACAGCUGAAACAAUUUAGCUUAGAAUAACAAGCAUAUUUCUCUAAGUCUGACAUGGAUCUUUUAAAAAUGCAAGGCUCUUUCCUCAGUGUUUAAAACUUAAACGUCAUGAAAGCACCCCACCGUGGGGAGCAGAUGCUCCCUGGAGGGGUUCGUAGUGGAAAACAAGAGCCAAAUAAUGCCUACAGCUUGGACGUGUUGAGCCAGGCACUGUACCUGGCACACGCAUUAUCUCGUGUUAUCUUCAUCACAACCCCAUGUGAGAGGAAUGAGAAUCGUCCCCAGGUCACAAAAGAGGAAACUGAGACUUUAAGGGACUUGCCCAGAGCUGCGCAUCUGGUGGGCAGCGAUGCCCAGAUUCGAACCCACGUCUCCAGGCUACGGCCGCGUGGGCUUCCUUCUGCCCAAAUAGGACCUGAGCAGGAGGCUGCCCUCUGAGAGUUAGGUCCCGGCACACACGUCCUAUACCUCUGCUUCCUUUCAUUGCAGGGUGUGGAAGAGGAGCUGGUGCUCUUUCACUUUCUCAAAUGACCUUCCCUCUUCCAGCCACUAAAGUUCAAUGGCAGCCCUACCUUUUCUCAUCAGACUCCUCCCAAUGCCAAGUGCAAUCGUCCACUGUCAGUGACUUUCCUGCUUGACCUCUUGGAGGUAUUUCUGCUAUAACGAUGCCCUUCUCUUUGGAUCCCCCUCAGUCCCCAGCUUAUCUGCCAUUGCUCUCUCCUGGUUCUGCUCUUACCGCUCAAAGUUUUAGGGGGAGUUUUCUCAUUGGGAGACGGGAAUCAAACACCUACUUCACGGGGUGGUUACGUGAAUUAAAAGGUAACAUAUGGGAAACACUUGGCAAGUGUCAGUUGCCUGGGAAGUGCUCAAUGAUCUUUAUGACUAGUAUUAUUAUCUCUUUUCCACCCUUCAUAUUCUGUCCUUUAAAUUUUUUUUCAAGUUCUCUCUCCCAAACUGCAGAACUGGUACUUCGAGCUGCCUCAGGUCACCCCCUAGAAUCUCACAGGUCCCGCAAGGUCAUCAUGUCUGAAACAGAAAUAGUCAUCUUUCCCAUUUCUCCCACUUUCUUCGUCUCAGUGAUUGAUAUAACUACAUUCUCUGUCAUUCAAACCAGAGACCUCAUCAUCCCAUCUUUGGCUUCUCCUCCCUCCCCGCCCAUCCCUGCCACACUCCAUUAUCCAGUCAGUCCCCAGCCUGUCAACUGUUCUUGGAAAAUAGAGCCAGGAGUUAGGGCUCUGACCUCAGACGGACCUGGCUCACAGUGCAGCUCUGCUAUUUGUUAGCUGUGUGGUCUUGAACAAAUUACAUAAUCUCCCUGCCCUCAGUUUCCCCAUCUGUACAAUAGGGAUGAUAAUAAUACUCACUUCAUAGGGUCAUUGGGAGGAUUAAAUAAGAUAACGCACAUAAAGAGCAUUCCAGGGUGCCUGGCAUAUAGCAAACACAUAAUAAAUAUUAGUUGUCAUAAUUAUUAUUACUGCUACUACUAUGUUAUUACAUUGUAGUUACCUCCUGUAGACACCAUGUUUGAAACACUUAGAACUUUUGUGAAAAUGAAUUUUGCUGGUGAAGAACAAAGAACAGAUUUAGUGACUCGUCUCUUCUCAUUAGGUGGAAAUGAGCGUGUGCAUGUGUGUGCACUCAUGCAUGAGCACACACAGGUAUGCAUGUGCAAACACACACGUGUUACCACUCUGCCUCAGACUAGGGCCUUUUCAUAUACGGUAGACGGACCGCAGGAUGGUGAGAAAUGGCAAUGAUUUUCUCCCUAGGACCCAGUUGCCCCAUCGAACACUGGUUUGUAUUUCAUCCCACACCCUUCAUUCCCGCUUGGAGAGAAUGGCUGAGUUUACCUCCUGGCACCUUGUAAGUAAGGGUCAAUGACUUAGCCAGCUAACCAGGCCCUUGUGGUGGCCCAUGCAUUACAACCACCAAACCCAGGUCUUGGGAUCUUUCUCCAUUGACUGGAGUUUGUAAACUCCUGUAUCUGAUGAGCUGGAAAACGUCAUUUGUUCCUGAUUGAGAGCCAGAGGACAGCACUUUGAGGGACCUGCUGCUAAGUAUUGGGACCUCACAGGUGAUGUAUAAGCAGGUCAUUACUUUGCAUCAUGUGCCACAUGAAACAUCUCAGGUACCUUAAUCCCAUCUCUUUCAACAGAUGAACUUGGCUGACUCCUGGGGGUAGGGGGUGGGGGGACAUGCCAUGUGUCACCAGCCCCACCAUCUCAUGCCUUUACCAUACAGCUCCUGACUGCCCAGAAGGACACCAGGGGCAGCUCACGAGCUACAGGAACUGAAGGUCGGGAGCCCAAGGUCAUAAGAAUUUUGCAUUUUAUGUUGCUCUCAUUUCAGAUCAUUGAAACAAUCUCUCUGAGGUAGUGAAAGGGAAGGGAUCGAAGAAAACCACACCCGAUUUUGUUUGGUUCUGUUGUUUUGAUUUUGGUUUUGUUUUUUUUUUUCCACCCACCACAAGUUCUUUUCUUCCCCUC